AUGUUCCGUUUACCUACACAUCUCGAGUCCCUCGUACCGCCUCCGAGGGAACAAGUUCCCCAGACGCAGCCCUGGAGAGGGAGGAUCUUCACCCCGGCGGCUUUCCCAGACCCGACCGCCCAACCGUGCGAGAUCCGAGUCACUGCCGCCGAAACGGAUAGCCAGCAGGAACUAUGGCCAGAGCACUUCCAGCUGCAGGUCAUCAGACGGCGUGGCGUCUUGAGCGAGUUGCACGGCUGGCUCACGCGGCUACACCAGAACCCAUACCCGCGCUGCAUGCUCAUGCCUGACCGCCUCGCCGAUCACACUGCAACUCGGAGGAAUCACGCGCUAUUUGAAGAAUUUGCCCGCACGCUUCUUGACGAGGAGAUCGUCGCGAUCGCCCCCUGGGGCUAUUCCGACUCGUUGCAGCAUGGCGGGAUCCUACUUUAUCCUACAGCCAGCACCCGUUCCCUUCUCGUUGGGAUAGUCUUCUUGAACACUGGCUUCCCAGACUUCGUCCAAGGCUCGAGCCCGCAUCCAAUGGUAGCGGGUCCGUCUCGCGGCGGAGUGCCUCUUAGCUUGCCGCAGGGUAACCUGCUCCCUCGGACCCAUCCCUUCCAACCUGUCAUGCACCAUUCACCUUUCGAUCCCGCCCCGCCGAACAUCGCCUCAUCCUCGCGAUACUCCUCCACAAGUGGCUAUGACGGAACGCGGUCGGGUCGCAGCAGCGGUUGA